AUGGAUCUACUCUCAGGUCGUUCUACUUAUUUUUAUCAUCAACUCUUGGAGCUGAUUUCAACCUAUCUUUCUUUUGCAAUUAUGGAGCCAGGUGUACCCGAGUUAUUGUCCGAAGACGAGGUUCGAGACGUGGACGAACACCACAAGCGAUACUUGCAUGAUAUUCCACCACUUCCUAUGGAUGAUCGAUCGUGUAAUGAAGCAUUGGCCAAGUUGGUGCAAGUGAAGAUGCAACACGCUAAUCGAAUUAUCUCGCGACCUGAUGAUUGGCUUGUAUUCGAUCCCGUGCAGGAGAAAUUGGUGCUUCAGAAGCAUUUGACAGGUGUGCGGGAGAACCACAAGUGUCUUAACAAACACUACAAUGGAAGUAAGCUUGGCCAUUGCCGUGAGCGGGAAUUGAUUGAAGACUGUGACCAGGCAUCGCUCUUUGAUGCAGAUGUAACAGAUGUACAAGUGAUGCAGACAGAAAAGAAUAUUGACACAAAUGUAAAAGAUAUACGAGUGAUGCGGACAGGAAAGAAUGUUGACACAGAUAUGCCGACGAAACGACCUCCAGAAGUUGCAACGUAG